CAGUUGCUGCUAGAAGUGGAAGUAGAAGAAAACACGAAGCUAGAACUGAAGUUAUGCCAGCAGCAGUGCCUUCAAUUGUUUUCUCUGGAGAAUAUAAAAAUGGCUAGAGCUAAGAGACAAAAUAUUGAGUUAAUGGGGAAGAAAAAUGAAAUGGAGAAGGAUGGAAAACAAGUACUUCCAGUUUUACUCCACCGAAGAACUCCAUACUUGCAGACCAAGGGUUCUAGUAAAAGUGAAUCAACAGCCAAAGAAGACCACAUAUUUACCAUAGUAUCCCCAAUACCAAGACUCAGAAUUCCAGCGAAAGGGGCAAGUGGUCGAUCAUUGAAACCCGAAGACAGCCAGAUGGGAAUUGCACAUCCCAGUAACAGUGAAAAAUGGCUGAAAAGGUUACAGAAGGGAAGAAAUAACCCAUCGAACCACAUACCUGACAAUAAGAAGAUCCGAAUCACGAUGAUCUGUGAAAGCAUUCAUGAAUUGGUGGACUACAUGACC